UCACCAGUCACCAAUUCUCACUCGUGAAGUGACUCACAAAGGCAGCACACAAGCUAAAGCCUGCUGCUACUAGUUAAGCAGCUCAGCUUGCUCUCCGCUCUGCUCUUCUCCACAGCCUCUCUCACACUUCCUUCGCUUGUCACUCCAGUCCCCAUGGCUCGCCUCCUCCUGCUCCUGCUCCUCGCCGCCGCCGUGGCCGGCACCGCGUCGUCCCAGUCGCCGGCCAGCGCGCCCUACGUCUCCCCCUCCAGCGCCGCCAACUCCCCCACCUCCUCUGCGGCCGCCGCCGCCCCAGGCCCCUCCUCCCCCACGUCGAAGAACCACAUCUCCACCUCCCCCGCGGCAUCCCCCUCCCACUCCGGCACCAAGCUCACCUCCCCGGCCGCCUCCCCCGCCACCCAGUCCCCUUCCCCGCCGAUCCCUCCGCCCACAUUGUCUCCCCCCGCGCCGGCCCCCAUCAGCUCAUCCCAGCCGCCCACAUUGCCGCCCCCAGCCACUGCACCAGCGCCUGCACCCGUCAGCGCUCCUUCCACUGCCUCGUCCCCGCCGGUCCCCACGCCGACGUUUCCGCCCCCGGCCCUCUCCCCCGUGCAGUCGUCGUCCCCUCCAGCCCUCGCCCCGGCCCCGGCGAGCAAGAAGCCGAAGAAGAAGCACCUGGCCCCCGUGGAGUCCCCGCUCGCGGCCGCGUCGCCGGCCACCGGCGUCCUCGCUCCCAGCCCCGGCCCCUCCACCGCCGACAUGAUGAGCGGCGCGGCGCGGAGGUGCGCGACAGCCAGAGGAGGAGCCGCGGCGGUGCUGCUGGCGCUGUGGCUGACGGUGGGCCCGGGCAUGGCCUGAUGACGACGGUGGGACCUCCUGUCAGUCUGCCAAUGUUACUACCAUAGCUGCCAUUGCCAUUGGUGCUGCUGCUGUAGAGAGGGAGAGAGAGAGAGAGAGAGAGAGAGAUGCGUCGUCAUGCUUGGUGUUGUUUUAUAUUGGUUGCGGACCUGUGCACUACUGUGUUUUGUUAUCACUGCUUUUGCGAUGGAUUAUUUGGUAUUGCUGCA